GAUGGCGUCUGUGUGCGUCUCCGCGCAUGCGUGUUUGUCGUUGUCCGCAAAAUGGCUGCGCUCGUGGGCGUCCGCGCGUGCCUCUCCGCUCUGCAGUUGACCUCCCCGAGUUUACUGCACAGCUCUUAUAAACUGAGCGCAGUUCCUCUAAGUCGAAGGAAUUUCGCAGCAGAGGCAAAGAAGGUUUUCUCUCGUAGUAAACCCCAUUUGAACAUCGGGACCAUUGGUCAUGUUGAUCACGGCAAAACCACGCUGACUGCCGCCAUCACCAAAGUCCUUGCCGAGGCCGGCGGUGCACGUUAUAAGACGUAUGAGGAUAUUGAUAAUGCUCCUGAAGAGAAGGCUAGAGGAAUCACCAUCAAUGCCUCGCAUGUUGAGUACACCACCGCCAACAGACACUACGCUCACACCGACUGCCCCGGACAUGCUGACUACGUCAAGGUAUUGCACACAGAUCACAUAUCUGACUGCACUACCAUUCAAAA